AUGGUCGAAUUCACCCAAACAACCGGACACGUGCCUGGUGGAGGAUUCGAAGAGCAACUUCGGCUGGCAGCAGCUAGUUCAUUCUGUAGGCAGCAGCAACAACACUGCUAUCGCUCGAACAGCGUUAUCAACAAUUCGUUGCUGCUGUGCAAUGAAUUGAAGCGUGUUGAACAGCUGCAAACAAUGUUGCUGUUUCUGCAACAGCAGCAGCAGCAGCAGCAACCGCCUGCAUUAAUGUCGCACUCGUUGCGGUCACUGCCACCGGCAACGAACCGAAACGGAAUCGGCGCAGUACCACGACCGUCAUUGCUGUCUGCUACUGCUGCUACAUCGAUCGUCUACCCGCAAACGGCCACCAGACGCUGUCUAGGUACGCCUUCAUGCGUUCUAUCACCGAUGGGUCACACCAGCUCUAGCCUGCCGAUAGGGCCCCUGGAACGUAUGCAACUGGAUGAGCAGCAUUGCAUGCUAACUACCAUUCAGGCGCAGCUGCUCUACGAUUGGUAUCGCGAAUGGGAGGCUGCUGAUCAGUAUGGAGAUCGUUGGUGGAAAAAUCGCCCAAAUCGGUAUCGAACCACCCAAACAGCACAUGGAACUCAUGGAACACGUGGAGACUUGCUUCAGGAGGUCCUGUUUAAGGCUUUCUACGAAUUGCUCGACGGUGCGGGCCAAAGUGGUUGCAUUCAGCCCGUGAUCGCGCACCGUGGAACGUCGAAAGGACUGAAAACGUCCCGAAAACCAAACCGUGCGUUUCAAUCACCACCCAGUGUUAAAGCGACGUCAUCGGUAAAGGGCAGACGACCGCCAACCGGUGGUAACAACAAUCCUUUAACACCGUUCCUGUUUGUCUACGUGCCGUUGCUAACGCCGAUGGCUACCCUUCAGUCGUUGCCAUUUACUGCAAACCGCACCAACUGUCCAGGACCACCGGUACCACCUCCAGCGGCAACACGGACCUUGGUCGACAUCAUAAAUGACAGGUUAGUGCGGCCGUUCGUUCACGCACCAAUUUCAAACGACAAUUAA